AUGGCCGAUAUAUCCGCCCGCGCGCAUGCUUCACCCGACCAUGGCCCCCGGCCGCUCGCGCCGACUGCGAGCAACAUUGCUCCGAACACAUACUCGGAAUCUCAAUCUCAGUGGAAAGGGAGGAGGGGAAAGCCCAGGUGUGAUCAUUGUCGUGCGCACAACCUGAAGUGCGACCGUCUGUUGCCGACUUGCAACCACUGCAACUGGGCUCAACGCCAGUGCAGGUACACUCCACUGCCCACUCCCGCACAUCGUGGUAUACCACGUUGUGAUCGCUGCCGCUUCCAUAACUUAAAGUGUGACCGCACUUUGCCGGUAUGCAACAACUGCAAGCAAGAUCCGGAGGCUGACUGCAACUACACACCGAAGAAGCGCCACAAGAUUCCGACCGACCAUAUACUGUCGCCGUCUGCGGUUGCGCCCGUACCCGCCAACGGUUAUGCGGCUAGAGGCGCCUCCUUCGUCGUCUCCGAUGGGACACCGGGGGAGAGAUAUAGCACUGGCACUUGGAUAGCCGAGCAUCCUACUGGCGGACCCAAGGGCAAGCUGCCUGCCGGGAUGUACGAACUAUCGUCUGACUCCUCAGACGACGAGUACCCCGACGUGAUAGAGCUCGAUGGUCCCCCGCAACCCGUCGCAUCGACUUCAUAUGUACAACCGCCUCCUCCUCCUGCCAUUCCCCAGCAAGCCCCUGUCACUUCGCCCCAGCGUCCUCGCCCAUACCCCCAUCCCGAUCUCCAUGCUCGCCCACAUCUUGUCGCGCACCAAGACGUCCCUAUGCGAGCACCUCAACCUCACCGUCCUUUGACUGUCCACCGAGAACACCCGCCUCACACGCAACAAUACCACCCGCAAGCGCCGUAUCCUCACCUCCCAGAAGCGCCGUAUGUGCCACCGCCACCGCCGGACCCGUGGCUACCUAAGUGGGAUGUGAUCCGGGAGCGGCACGAGCAAUCAAAGUCUACGUCCCCGCCGCGACAGAAGACGCCUGUUUGGGCGAUUCCAGCUCAACCACCCGCUCAAAUCAGGCCAGCUACUAAGACUAGUCGCAACAAGCAAACAGACCAGCUCAAUCCGUGGUAUCACGCCCAUUUUGCACCUCUCCCGCGUCACGUUUUGGCGGGCAUACGCUCAGUCAACCCUCUCGACAUGCCCAAACGACAGGAGUUCGACGACGUCUUCACGGAGUUCACCUUCGACUACAAGUACAAGGAGGACAUGGAGGUUGUAGGAUUCGCGCCCGGCAUCUACACUAUGAUGGCGCAGGGUCUCAGGGAAGGACAUAGGAACGGGUUGUCGCACCGUCUCGUCCAGUACAUGGACCAACACCACGUUCAGUCUGGCUCAAAUAAGUACCAUCUACUCCUCGUGCCCCGUGAGGAUGUUUGGACUGCGCCUCCCGAGAAGCAGGAAGCCCUGCGACGAGCCUUCUGCGCGGACAUAGACCACGAGACUUUCGUACACUCCGAAUUCGUCAAGUCACCUCACGACGCUGCCGCCGCCUUCUACCGCGUGCCCGUAUCGGCCCAGAUCUUCGACAUACUAGUGUUCGCUCAUAAGCGACACCAGAACGCCAUCACCACUCUGAAUGAGGCUCGUAACACCGGUAUCACUGGUAUCACUUGGGCGAUGGCGGAGAUUUUCUGUCGGAUGUGUCCGAAAUGUGCGGCUAAGAAUAAGUCGUAG